AUGCUAAAAUCAAUCAUGCAUUCUGAUUCAUAUUUACUUGAAAGUUCUCCAGCCCAAAUGGCAUCAAAUUCAACCACCACCGCAACUAACAAUUCUAGUCUUAGAAAAUCAAAUACGUCAACUAAUCAUCACCACCACCACCACCACCACCAUCAUCAACAUCAACAAUAUCAACAGCAACAACAGCAAACACAACAUCAGCAACAUCAUGGUAGUUCUAUCAGAGCACCUAGUUUUACAUUUUCAAGAAUGGUAUCAGAUGAUGGACAAACAUAUACUUCACAUAAUCCUAAAUUUUCAACUAUCCAUGGAACAACAACAACUACAACCACCACUACUACAACAUCUUCAUCAAGUCGUAGAAAUAACUUUUUAAAAGUUUGUUCUUGGCCAUUUACAAGAAUAGAAAGUUUUCAAGAUCAAACUAAAUCAGAUGAAUUUGAAUUUCGUGAUGAUCAAUCAACUCUUGGGAAUGAUGAAAAAAAUCUAACUAUUACUAAUUAUAAUAUCAAAAAAAGAAAUAAUAAUGGAGGUGGUGGUGGUGGUGGCGGUAGUGGUGGACCAUUAACUGGGAUAAAUCCAAGUCUUGAAAAUAUUAAUCAUGUAGCCAAUGAUAAAUUACAUAAAGUGUUUAAUAGGGUUAGAAAACCUAUUAAUGAACAAACAAGUAAAAGAAGGUGUGUUGUUUUAUCAAAUAUCAAUGAAUCCAUGGGAUUAAAUAGCAUUUUACAACAAGUUUGUGGAGGUCCUUUAGAAAAAUUGGUUGUUUUACCAAAUGGUAAAAUUGAAUUGUAUUUUAUUUUCCCAGAACAUGCUAAACAAUUUUAUACUUAUGGGAAAGCUACUGGAUUAUUGAUGGUUAAUGGGAUAAAACUUAGAGUUGAAUGGUUGAAUGAUGAGAAUAAUUUAAUUAAUUUUAAUUUACCAAAAUCUUUAAUGACUGAUAUUUUACAAAAUGGAUGUAGAAGAUGUUUAAUAAUCUCAAGAAAUAUUCCAGGUAAAAGAAUAAGAAAUGGUGAUAAGAUGUUUUAUCCAGAACCUGACAUACAUUAUUCUGGAAAUUUAAAUCUUGAUGAGAUUAGAACUGAUUUUGUUAAAUUUGGUAAGAUCAUUGAUAUUGGAUCGGUAAUUAGUAGAAAAUUAUGUUUUAGUAUUUUCUAUUAUGAUAUUCGUUGUGCUAUUUUAGCUAAACAAGAAUUGGACCAAGUUGGUACUGAAUUAAGUAAGAAAUACAAAGAUUGGUCUGUUUGGUACGGCAAAGAUAUUACUGAUCGUGCCUGUUUUGUUUUAUAG